AUGGGUUCACACAAUUUUAAAGUUUCAGAUCUUGGCGAUGAACUUAUUAAUUAUCAAGAACCGGAAGGAGACAGAAAUUUUGUUCCAGAAUGGGAAUAUACUUCUCCGUCAUCCGAUAAAGCAGAAACCGGAG